AUGAUUUCUUUAACCUCAGUAUCUAAAAUGUCAGAUAAAAAUGAGCGAGGUUUUUUUUUUUUUUUUUUAAAUAUAUGGGGCUUUUUCGCAUCUAUCUAUCUAUCUAUCUAUUCAUCUAUCUAUCUAUCUAUCUAUCUAUCUAUCUUAUUUGUUCCAAUGUCUAUCUAUCUAUCUAUCUAUCUAUCUAUCUAUCUAUCUAUCUUAUUCCAAUGUGUAUUCAUUCAUUCAUCUAUCUAUCUAUCUAUCUAUCUAUCUAUCUAUCUUAUUUGUUCCAAUGUUCAUCUCAUCUAUCUAUCCAUCUAUCUAUCUAUCUAUCUAUCUAUCUAUUUGUUCCAAUGUCUAUCUAUCUAUCUAUCUAUCAUAUCAUCUAUCUAUCAUCUCAUCUUAUUUGUUCCAAUGUCUAUCUAUCUAUCUAUCUAUCUAUCUUCAUUCAUCUAUCUAUCUAUCUAUCAUCUUAUUUGUUCCAAUAUUAUCUAUCUAUCUAUCUAUCUAUCUAUCUAUAUUUGUUCAAAACAUCUAUCUAUUCAUCUUAUUCAAUCUAUCUAUCUAUCUAUUCAUCUAUCUAUCUCAUUCAUCUAUUCAUCUAAUUUGUUAUCCAUUCAUUCAUCUAUUAUCUAUCUAUCUAUCUAUCUAUCUUAUUUGUUCAAUAUCUAUCUAUCUAUCAUCUAUCUAUCUAUCUUAUUUGUUCCAUUUCUGUCAAUGUCUGCUAUCUAUCUAUUCAUCUAA